AUGGAGUUGACUGAAGGUGCGCAGUGUGCGUCUUUUGGGUCUUCUUCGCGGUCUCUAUCAGAUUCUGAGUCUAAUGCCACAGCAUUUCAUUUAAAAGAGCUAAAUGAAAAUUAUGCCCUUACAAGGACCGGCCGUAUCCGGGCUGCUAUGUUUCCUGAAUUGGUCACGGACGGCUUGGACGGUUCUCAGAUUCCAAAAACUCGCUCGACAGUGAUCGAAAAGUUAGGGGAACCCAGUCAGUUGGUAAAAACAGCUCUAGUGGAACUUCUCAGCCUUCAAGAUGAGACUGAACUGGCAACAAAAGCCAUCCCGGAACUCGUCAAACUUUUAGGCGACAAAGAUGAGACAGUGGCUCUUCGAGCAGCCCACAUGGUUCACCUUCUUUCUCGAGAGGAUAGAUCCGUUAGGACCAUAGCAAAGGAUCCUUCACUGAUUUCUGCCUUGUUUUCGGCGUCGAAGUGUAAUAACGAAUCCAUACAGAGAAAUGCGCUUGCAGCUAUUUCUCACAUAUCAGAACACGCAGAAGGUAGAAUGCACUUAUUUCGAUCUGGCGGGAUUCCGGAACUUGUGCGUUUGCUUUCUGUACGUGUCGACGCUGUACGUCAUUAUGCAAUCACUACUUUGCACAAUCUGUUACUUUAUAUGGAUACAGCGAAGCAGGAAACUAGAGCAUGUGGUGGGAUUGAAGCGAUGACCCCAUUAUUGCGCGAAAGGAAUCCUCGUUUUCUCGCCUUAGUAGCUGACUCAUUAUACUUAGUUUUGUUGGAUCAUCCUCAAGGGAAGCUCAUAUUCCUUUCCUUAAAUGGCCCGUCACUGUUGGUCGAUCUUUUAAAUAAUUAUCGUGCUUAUCCGAAGCUAGUAUAUGCCGUGAUUCGGUGUAUUCGUGCGGUUUCUGUGUGUCGCCAGAGAGCGCUCCAAGUUUUGGAAACAUUUAUCGACGAAGCGGAUGAGAGGACUCAGGUCGCAGUUUUAUCGGCAGUUCGUAAUCUUUCAGAUGCAGCAGCAAAUGAAGAAAAUUUAGGACCUCUUGUAUUAAGGAUGAUCAGUAUUGUUGCCAGUGGUGAUGAGUCUUCAGUUGCGUGUGCGACAGGAGUUUUAUCAAAUUUAACGUGCAAUAACGUUCGUAACAAACAAGUAUUGUGCAGUAACAGAGGUAUUGACGUACUGUGUGGAGCUUUGGAACGUUUCGCUGCUUCUGAAGAAGUAACUGAGCCAGCGCUUUGCGCACUGAGGCACUGUACGGCUCGACACUCAAUGGCACCGCAAGCUCAGAGUGACGUACACCUAGCUCAAGCGCAACACAUAAUCUUAGACCUACUGGCCUCUAUGCGAGCGCCAGUUGUUAAAGCUGCCCUUGGACUAGUUCGUAAUUUAGCUCUUCUUCCCUCAAAUCUCCAGUCACUUGCACACGAGACUACAGCGAAGGGGAAGUCAGUUGUCUCCUUGGCUAUGGAUGUACUUGCCCGAGCAGGUGAUCAAUUUCGACAGGAUCCAGAUGCGUUGGUUGAUGGAGUUGCUAUGCGUGAAUUGGUCGAAGGAGCUGUAUCUGCUCUUCACCAGUUGGCAAAUGAUUCAUAUGUUUCCAAUUUGAUUUUGCAAGACCACAAUUGUGUAGAUAUGCUUAUUAAGUUGUUAUCUUGGGACGAAGUCUAUGCCAACGAGGAUGAGCUUUUGUUACGAGAACUACUUGGUCUGCUAUAUCAGCUGACUAAAACUGCAGAAGGCGCUCGUCAAAUUGAUGCGUAUGAUCCGAGGGGGGCCUUGGCGGAAGCCUUACGUUCAAAGCAUAAAUCAGUCGCUAUAUAUGCCUCCGGUGUCAUGAAGAAUCUCCAUCUUGAGAAACCGGUGGUUUAUAAUGAAAUUAAUGAUGAAUGUGGCAUUAUUGACGGAGAAGAAGAGUGGGUACGGGAUGGUUUGGAACCUGAGUUAUUUGCAGAGAUGUAUCAGUCACCUGGCGUUCAUCGUUUGGAACAACAAACGCUGUGGCAACCGCCACCGUAUCAAGCCAAUAACACAAACCAGGGUUGGUUUGACACAGAUUUAUAG